AUGGGAGAAACAAAAAUCCACAAGAUCGCUCUCCACCAGCUGGAGGAGAAAGGGCGAAUGCUGAUCGAGUAUGCCCAGGAGCACCCGAUACAGUUCGGCCUCAUAUCCAUCACCAUCGUCGCGGGCGUCGCCAUAAUCACCGUACCUCUUGCUCUAGGAUUCAGCUCUACAGGACCUGUAGCCGGCAGCAUCGCAGCAGCAUGGCAAUCCUCCAUCGGCAACGUGGUGGCCAACUCCUUCUUCGCUCUCCUCCAAUCCAUGGCUAUGAGCGGCACCUUCGAGACCAUCGGCAUCAGCCUCAUCGGCGCCGGCGCAGUGGGGGCCUUCGUCGAAUGGUCCAAGAGCGUAGACUUGCCCGAGCUGAUCGCCGGAUGGCUCCGCUUUACGCAUUCCAUUGGCUUCAACCCCGAGUCGAUCGGUUGGUCAGAGGAGGGCGAGAAGCUGGUGCGAAGCGUGAACUGGGAGGGGGCGGCGAACGAUGUGGCGGGAAGCGUGGACCGUGCGGUGCAGGAGGCGUUGAAGCAUGCGGCGUGGUUGGGGGAGAACGCGCAGACGGUGGAUUGGGCGAGGGUGGGGGAUGAUGCGGUGCGUGGGGCGGGGUUCGUGAUGAAAGAUGUGGUGCAGGGUGCGGGGUGGGCAGCGGGUGAGGCUGCUCAAAGGCUUGGGAUUCUUGCUAGAGCUUUGUUGUAG